AAGGUAAUUAAUUUCUACGCUUCUCUUUCUGCAAUUACUCCUUGAGAGCCUCUUUCUUUAGAGUAUUGAGUAUUGCUGACUUGAGCGUCGGAGUGUCUUCCCCAAGGAAACAUCCUCGGGAUUUACAGGUAUGGUUUGCAAAUGGCCAAAACUGGCAAGGUGCGGAAGUCUAAUUCACAGUGUCUGAGGUCAAAUCCUUAUCCAUUAUCCUCUCGCAUCAAAAGAGCUGUUAAGGAAGGUCACAAGAAGGGGAAAUGCUCCAAAGCUCGGGAGAUGAAAGAUUGGAAAGAUGCAAUAUGCUCUGUUUGUCUGGAGUUCCCCCAUAAUGCUGUUCUUCUCCUUUGUUCCUCUUACGCCCCUAUAUGCGUGCAACUGAGGAGGCUGAUGAGGAGCUGGCAGUGCCAGAGCUUUUAUGUCCACUCUGUUAGGGGCAGUUGUAUGGAAUACAGGUCCGGGGAAUCCAUGUGGGAGGCACAAACAUUCCAGACAACAAGCGUCUGGCAGUUUCUCUUACUAGCAUUUAUGGAAUUGGCCCUGCCAAGGCUCGCCAAAUUCUGAGCGAACUCAACAUAACCAACAAGCACACUUACGAAUUAACUGGAAGAGAACUU